AUGUCCUUCCCCCCUACACCAGCUACUCCUACCCCUCAUAGCGAUCUCAACUCCAAGGAAUCGAAGACACUCGACCACGUUCCCACCGUUCAAGAAGAAGUAAGGGAAGAGCACGAGCAAAGAGCGCUUGACCCAGUGGCAAGCUCUGACCGAAGGGCAUCUUCAACAACAACCUUGAAUCAGGAGACUGUUGUGACGCAUGGUAUGGAACAUAGAGGCGUAACAAAGACAUCAAAGGGUGAUAAGAGUAUCGUCGAGUUUGAACCUGGGGAGGGACCAAAACAGUGGAAGAAUCCUUACAGAUGGUACUGCACCUUCACGGCUACCAGUCUUGCCCUGGUAGUAUCUUUAGGCUCCUCAAUGCCGACAGGUGAUCUUCCGGGGACUGCUGAAACUCUGCAUGUGUCGAAUGAGGUCAUCAACUUGACCGUGUCUUUGUACGUGGCUGGGUUUGGGAUAGGUCCUGUAAGUUUCGAGGGUCUGUCCGAGGUAUACGGCCGCCGUCCGGUCUACAUCGUCUCCAUGUUCAUCUUCUCCAUCUUCACCCUCCCUUGCGCACUCGCCCCCAACAUCGCUACCAUCCUUGCCGGUCGCAUGAUUGCCGGCUUGGCAGCGAGCGCACCGUUCUGUAAUGUCGGCGGUACUGUGGCGGAUCUUUGGGCGACGCAUGAGAGAGGGAUACCUAUGGCCGCUUAUAGUUCUACGCUUUUCCUCGGACCAUGCUUCGGCCCUCUCUUCGGAGGCUGGAUCGGCCAGAAAACCGGUCAUUGGCGUUGGAUCUACUGGGUCCUCUUCUGUUUCUGCUUCGCCGCCUUCAUCCUCGCCUUCUUCACCCCCGAAACCCUCGAAAUCGUGCUCCUCCGCAAUAAAGCCCACCGUCUCAACAAACAACACAAAACCGACAUGUACAUUGCCAAAGCCGAUUUGAACAGGGUACCGUCCAGGGAGACGAUGAAGAUUGCGCUUUUGAGGCCUUUUAUAUUGAUGUCGGAGAGUAUCAUUGUGCUGUUUUCGUUCUACUUGAGCUUCAUAUACGCGUUGUUGUACGCGACUUUCUUUGCGUUCCCGAUUGCGUUCGAAGAGAAGAGAGGGUGGAGCGCGGGUAUGACUGGAGUCGCCUUUCUAUCCAUAUGCAUUGGGAUCUUUCUCGCAAACCUCGUCAACUGGUGGCAAGAAACCCUAUACGCGAGACACGCCGUCAAGCAUGGACCAGUCCCCGAAGGUCGCUUGUACCCUAUGAUGAUAGGCGCCAUAACUCUGCCCAUAGCACUGCUCAUCCUCGCUUUCACCUCAUAUCCUGGUAUAACCUGGGUCGGGCCCGCGGCAGCAGGAGUCGUCUUUGGUUUUUCGAUGGUCACCAUUUAUGUGGCUGGUAACAGCUAUAUCGUCGACUCGUACUCUCACGUAGCGGCAUCAGCAAUAUCAUCCAAGAAUUUGAUCAGAUGUCUCAUAGCAGCGUCCGUCCCUCUCUGGAUCAACCAGCUUCUCCACAAUCUGAAAUUCCAAUUCGGGUGCGUCCUCCUCGCGGGUAUCGCAGUCGUCAUCGCGCCCAUGCCGUUCUACUUUUUCCUCCGUGGCAACCGGGUACGAACGAGAGCGAAGAGGGCGUUGAAGGUGGAGACGAAGGAAGUCAAAGUGAAUGGGGAAGGGGAAGUAUGA